AUGGCAGAACGUAAGGAGGCAAGUUGGCAACUAUUUAGUGAGGAGCUAAAGCAUGCGCUGACAACUCUGACUCAGCCGCUGCUCCCAGGCUAUGUAGACGAAGCGAACCGCACUGAUAACAAUGGGCUUCAAACUGUGGUGAAUGAGGUGAUCGAUUGGGUCACAGAACACCCACCUAAAGAGAAAGAGAUCCCCAAAGCUUUAGCACGCUUGGCUUGUGUGAUGUCUGUCCAAAUUAAGAGACAAGACGAAGCCAUGGGAAGGGCCCAAGAACAGAUACGGGCACAAAUGAAGGAAAUUGAUGAUCUCAAAAAGGAGCUGGGAGGCACUGAAAGGGCUCUACAGCAAGCUCGAGACAGUUUGGAUGAGAUGCAAGCAGAGCCUCCAUCCCAACAUGAUCAAAACCCUUCCUUAGUAACCCAAAUCUCAGAGUUGCAUGACACCAUUGAGGAAAAGGAAGCUCAGCUUUCGGACGCUAGGUCCACCAUUCAUGAACAAUUACAGGAGUUGUCAAGAAUGAAAAGCAACCUAGAUCAGUCCUCAACUGAUGUAAGGGACUGGAAGGCCCAGUUUGAAAGUAAAAGGGUGGCCCUCGAAGCAGAAGAGAGACAUUCUGCUAAUCUAAAGCAAAUGCUCCUCGAGACUCAGAGGAAAUUUAGUCUGGGUCAACCACAGCAAGAUCAGAGCGGGCGAAGCUCGCCAAGCAGUCAACAGACGCUUCCAUUCCCUACCUUCCGACCGAGUCGUGUCCCCAGAGGACAUUCAGGUCGAUCAAGUCCGGAUGACACCGGACGGAACUCGGGUCAUACUUUGUCGCCCCUUCCCCAACCAAUACCUUCCGGGUAUCGUUCCCUGAGUUACCAACCUCAGUCCACGCCUGCUGCUCGUCAAGCGGCAUAUCCCAUAGACAGGGAUCUGGACAAGAUGGCUCGUAACAUCACACGAUUUGAACCCGGUCGAAAAGGUUCAGAAGACCCAAGCACCUACUUGAAAGACAUCGACUUCUACUUGAGGAAGUUUCCAGGUGCUCUUGUGGAUGACAAAAUCUACUUGAUCAAAGCUACCUCCAAUCGAGAGGUUAGCAGCUUCAUUGAACGACAACCGCGUCGGGUCAAGAAUGACUAUGACCUGCUGUGUCAGGCAUUAAUUGACGAGUUUUCUGACUCCCUUACACCCACUGGUUUAGCUGCUGCACUGUUAGUCAAACAGGAGAGACAGGAAUCUCCCCAGUUGUACUACGGUCGCCUUCGCCAGGCUUACUUUGGUUGUCAAAAUGAACCUGAAAUGGAGGAAGAUCUAAACUUUAAGACCUUGUUUGUUCAAAACCUCCAUCCGACCACGAGUCAUCAUCUUGGUGUUGCUGCUUGUCCCCGAACCUUAAACAGCAGACAGCUCCGCGAACUGGCUGUAAAAGGCUUCGCUAAACAGCGACACACCCAAUCCAAGAAAGCCGAACCUGGUACUGUCUUGGCUGUGGACACAAGGUCCAUGCCCCUAGAUCUGGAGGGUGGUGCCGUGGGUGCGCAUUCAGAUGCACCUCAAACUGCAACAGCCCGACCAACCCAGAAUCUGAAAACUUCCCGAUAUCAGCCAGCUGAUAAAGGUCAAAACCUGAAGCAGCCUCGGUCUGACAGUGAACAACACCAGGUCAGAUUUGACGAAGAUCGUCCACCCUCGUACUCUCGCAGGGAUGGGGCUCACCCUAGAAGGGAUGACACCCAUCGGCCCUACCGACCUGAUAACAGGGGGUGGAGAGACCGGUCAGAUCGUUAUGGCCCACGCCGAGAACGAAACUCAGAGCGACCUUACCCGCAGUCUCAAUCAGCAUUUUCUGACGAAGAGAUGGGUACAAAGGCCAAAUCAGACCCUCCCCAGAAGGGUAGUGGAUCUAAAGGCGGAGCUAAGGGUGAAUCAAAGUCCUCUGAUCUGACAGAGGAAGAACGUAAACUCCUUAGACAAAUAAUCCGUAGAAUACAGAGAAAAGGAGAUAAGAAAGCAGAUCUCUUCUCUGUCGCUGUCGCCGCCGUCCAGGAUGACACUUCUGAGCCAAACAUGAUGCCUGUCCAGCAAACUGAAUUUCAGGAGGACGUGUGUAUGUCCUUACAGGAGUCGGUGACACCCUCACCAGCUGACACUCCUGCCGAUCUUGAACCUCAGGACAACACAUCACAAGAAACGACAUCUACCAGCGCCGUCUUGGUAGUACAGGCGAACUCCGCAGAGGAGCCAGCCGAAGAAGACUCCUCACUUAUUCGGCUUGAACCACCUUUCCUCCAAUUCUUGUGCAACCUCACUGAGAAAGGCAUCGCACAGAAGUUUUACGUUAAUACCGUCCUUGAAAAUGAACUUCAACACGAAGCACUCCUGGACACUGCUGCUGACAUCACUCUGAUGUCCUCCACGCUCUUUAAUCGCUUGCGCAAUAUGGUGCAGCAGUCCAACAGGGACAUCAAGCUGCAGCCCUGCGCCAUGGAGAUUCGGCCGUACUCUACAGACAGUACGACUUUAAAUACAAUGACGAUGUUGAACAUCUCCAUUGGACCAAUGAAAAUCAUGCACCCCGUGUAUGUGUCGCCCCUUGAGUCGAUUCCUUUCCUCAUCGGUCAAGACCUUUUAAAACGGUUUGAGCCCCUGAUCGACUAUCGACAGCUGAAAAUAUGGGCACAGGUCCGCAGACCAUUACCCAUACCAGCAACCGACAAGAAUCGGGCUCAGUGUUACGCCUUGACGCGUGAACUUGCUACAAGCACACCGACAAGUGUAAGCUCACCGGAACAACCCUACUUGACUGACGACGAGCCACAACCCUGCUCGUGGCCUUUCGAUGACUCAGUCAUAAAAAGGGACACAUUUUUGUGCAAAUUCGAUGACACCAAUGGACCCGACACACCCGGGCCAUUGAUCACUGAAGGCAUCAACUUGAAUGAGAAUCACGUCAACGAUGUGAUUUUGGCUCUUUGGGCUGACAGAUCAGCCAUCAGCCGUGAACUGUACGACGCCUUGUCUAGGGAUGACCCGAACCUCCAGUGUGUUCGGAAAGCAUUUCGCUUCCCCUUGGACUCCCUUCCUAAAGCUACCAUGACUGCUGAAGGCGUCUGUGCCUUAACUGUGCGAUGGAACAAAAGGGAGAUGACUCACCACUUCUUGGUCAUCCCAGACCUACCAUAUCAGGUCUACAUGGGAAGUGAUAUACUGGUCAGGUUGGCAGUCCAGGUCGAUACCAUUAACAACAUACUGUGGUCCCUUACCAGUGUUAAUGAGGAAACCCUGACCCCUGAUGUCGACAACAUCAUAUCAGGACAGUCGAUCCCUGAAGCCUGUCAGGUAGCCAAUGAACUUGACAUUGUCAUACCUGCAAUGACCACAAACGUUCCCAUUCGCUUGAACCUACAACGUGGACAAAAGCUGUCGCACACUCAAGCUUUCUUCCAGCCGUCGUUGCUCUUUCUUAAACUAGGGCUGUCUACUCAGGCAACUCCUCUUCUUGAGCUUCACUCGAGAUUCACACACUUGCUUGUACAAAACACGACACCCGAAGAUAUCCUGAUCCCUAAAUCCACCCCGCUGGGUUGGUUGAUCAGCACGUCGUUCCACGACUUUGAAUUGAGGAUUCCUGUAAUAGGAAAAAUGCCCCGUUCUCUGAUGUCAGACCAUUCGCCGGAACAGGUCUUUCAUACCCUACCUUCCAGGGCUAUCUCGCUCUUCCCAACUGUACCGCUGGACCACGACACCAUCUGUCAGGUCGACCUCUCUGAGGACUCACAGAUGAUCCUGCACACAGUGCAAGUCCUAAGCGUCAGUUCGGAGCCAGAAUCGGCCCAUACACUUUCCGGGGUAGAACCCUCUAUCUUCCCAACCGGGCAAACACCUGAGCACGAUCCAGACUUUGAUGCCAAAGUCGAACAGCUCGUAGCUGAGGCAGACGCCCUGAACGGCGAAGAGGAGCGUGAAAAGCUUCGCAAACUUCUGCACAGAUAUCGAGCCUCUUUCGCAAAAGACUCGCUUGACUGUGGCUUAACCUCUAUCCACUCUAUCCGCAUUCCGACACCACCGGAUGCACCACCAACUUUUGUACGCCAGUACAAAAUUCCCUUAGCGUCCUAUGAACCUAUUCAGGAAAUCAUAGACGAUCUUUUGGCGAAAGGGAUCAUUCGGCCAUGUAACAGUACCUACUCAGCCCCACUCUGGCCGGUACUGAAACCAAACGGUAAAUGGCGACUGACCAUCGAUUACCGAAAGCUGAACCAACAAGUUCCCCUUUCCAGGUGGCCUAUGGCUCAGCUCCAACAGGAUCUGCCAAAGAUCACUGACGCGAGAUACUUCUCCACUCUUGACGUGGCAUCAGGGUUCUGGACGAUACCAGUACAGGAAGCUGACCAGCACAAACUGGCGUUCACUUUUGCCAACAGGCAGUACACCUUCACCCGAUGCCCUUUCGGCUAUGCCAACUCGCCAGCAGAGUUCAACAUCUUUCUGAACAAAGCCUGCCCAGAUGCUAGUGAGAGAGGCACCCUCAUAUAUGUCGAUGACAUCUUAAUGAGGAACCAAACCUUGGACAUGCAUCUCGCUGAGAUUGACCAUGUCCUGAACCAGCUCACGAACGCCGGGGCAAAGAUAUCUCUGUCGAAAUGUCAGUGGUGCAGGACCAAGGUGAACUAUGUCGGUUUGCUGGUUGGUCCAACAGGUGUCGAACCACAGCUGAGUCGAAUUCAAGGCCUGUCAAACCUUAAAGCUCCCACGAACGUCUCAGAGCUUCGCAGCUUUUUGGGAGUAUGCAACUACUCCCGACAGUUCAUUGAGGACUAUGCAGACUUAGCAAAAUCCCUCACCAACUUACUGAAAAAGGACGUCCCAUUCAUUUGGGGACCGUCCCAACAACACGCCAUGCAAGCUUUAAAAGACAAACUCUGUGCAGCUCCUUGUCUUGCCUACCCAGACUGCAACAGACCAUUCUAUCUGGAGGUCGGUUUCUCUUGUCACUGCCUUAGUGCAGGAUUAUACCAGAUCCAUGACUCGGAUAAACGAGUUGUCGCGUAUGCUAGCAAAACCUUGUUGGCUCCCGAACUAAAGUUCUCCGACUGCGAAAAGGCGCUUCUCGCCACUGUGUGGGCUGUGAAGCAUUUUUCGAAUUAUCUUGGAGGCCAAAAGGUGAUUGUGGAAACCAAUCAUCAACCAGUGACCUUCCUUAACAGCCAAAGAAUCAGAGACGGCGUUGUAACCAACGCUCGUGUAGCAUCUUGGCUUAUGGCUCUUCAGAGCUUUGACAUCGAGGUCCACUACGCCCAAAAUCGCAAAACACCUCUCGGGAUGGAACUCGCAGCGUGCCAAAGCUGCUUGACAGACAGCGCGGACACAGGGUCCCCAACCUGCGACCCCGAGCCACCUGAAUUAUCUUGCCACCGGUACUUCGACGACAAUGUCUGCAAAGACAUGAUUACAGCUUACGUUGAUGGUUGUUCAUACCAUCACGACACUGUUCUUAGAGCAGGCGUGGGUGUUGUCUGGGUCAACGAUGAACCGUGUGAACCACUCAGCUUCAACCUAGGGGCCCAAACGUCCCAGUAUGCUGAAGUGGCAGGCAUUCUGAUUGUUUUGCAACUUGCGGUGGAACACAAAAUCCACGCCUUAACGAUUUGUACAGAUUCCAACUAUGCGCGACUCAGCUUCUCAUGUCAUCUGCCUUUGUGGAAACGCAACGGUUUCUUGACCUCGAACAGAAAGCCGGUCAAACACAAAGAUCUGUUCCUGGCGUGCGACUUCUUGACCUCUAACCAUGAUCUCCAGAUCUAUUGGAAGAAAGUCAGGGGGCACUCUCGUAUCCCUGGUCCAGACAAGAUGUUUAAUGACCAGGCUGACUCCUUGGCCAAGCAGGGGGCCUUAACUGGCUCAAACUGGCACUUUGAGCCCUCUGUUUUUCCCCUCCCACCCGUGCCCCUGGUUUGUGCUGUCACCAGAGCCCAGUCUCGAGCUCCACCGGCUCCCUCGGGCCCGGUCUCCGCCACUGUGGCUCCGGCUUUUUCUGACUCUGACUUGCUGGUGCUCCAAGCUUCGGACCCAGCCAUUGCUGCCAUGACGCAGUUCCUUUCAGGGCCUCCUGACUCCUCCAUGCCUCCUGACUUGCUUGACUCCAUCCCUGGCCUGCGCCAUCUUUUCCGCGUGCGCUCUUCGCUGCGGCUCGUCAAGGGCUUUCUGGUUUAUGUCUCCGAUGCACUCACUUCGCCUGCCCUCGUGGUGCCUCGCAGCCACAGGGGGGUGAUGUUGACAUACGCCCAUGACACACCGUGCGCAGGACACAGAGGAAACAAAGCCACGCUCCAUGCUCUCCAACAGGUGGCCUAUUGGCCACACAUGCAGAAAGAUGUAGCUGACUACAUAAAAGGGUGCCUGGUUUGCUGCCAGUUUCAACCGGCAAACCCACUCCAUCGAGCACCUCUACAGCGCAGAGGUAUCUCCUUUCCUUGGUCAGACCUCCAGAUCGAUUGGGUGGGUCCUCUCACUAAGUCAGCAAGAGGAAACAAAUACUUCCUCACAGUUGUCUGUGCAUUCACCAAAUGGGUAGAAUGCCUACCAGCCCCAAACGAUACGGCUCAAACCACAGCAUACCUCUUGAUGAACCACAUCUUCUCGCGGUUCGGACUCCCAACUCGUGUCGACUCUGACAGAGGGACACAUUUCACCUCAGAGGUAAUGCAACAACUGUGGCAACUGUUGGGCGUUAAAGCCAACUUUCACAUCAGCCACCACCCCCAGUCGUCUGGACAGGUAGAACGGGCAAACCGAACAGUGGUAACCAUACUGAAAAAGUAUGUGUUAGCCAACCACAAGGACUGGGAUGUUAAGCUUCCCUUGGUCCUGAUGGCCAUCAGAGCGACUCCACAUGGGUCAACCGGGUUCUCACCCUUCGAGUUGAUGACGGGCAGACAGAUGACCCUACCUCUGCACCUGCUGUAUCAGCCAGGUGAGGCCAGUAUAGCAACGGCCUACACGACCCAUCAGUAUAUGACUGACUUACACCAGCACCUGAAGGCAAUGUUUGCCUUCACCCAAGAGCAUCUCAGCAAAAGUGCUGAAGGACGUAAGUCCUAUUAUGACCAAAAAGCCUCCCAACAGGAACUCCAAGUAGGUGACAAGGUAUGGUACUACCUGUUCACCCAGCCCACUGGAGAUAAAGCCCCAAAGUCUGGGAGACUGGCACGAAAGUUCCUGCCCCGCUGGGCAGGCCCGUACCUGAUCACUGAAAAGCUCUCUUCUGUUGUGUACCAAAUUAAGAUCGCAAAGGGCAACAAAGAGCCGACCCUUAAAUGGGUCCACCGCAACCAGAUUAAACUUCACCACAACCCCAUGGGACUUGUCGGGGCCUCCAGCGCCACCCUUGAGUCAUAA